GCAUCAGCCAGAGCCAGCGACACACUACACCACUAGCUGGCUGAUAGUAUCAUAGUACUACAUUAUUAGUAGUACCGAGGCAAGCAAUGGCGUCUCUCUACCCAGGCCUGCUGCUGCUACUGAUGGCGCUUCUCUCAUCCGCACAUGGAGCAACCACGUUUAGAAGCAAAAUCUCCGCUGCCUUCGUCUUCGGUGAUUCGAUCGUUGAUCCCGGCAACAACAACGACCGCCUGACGGAGGCGAAGGCCAACUUCCCACCGUACGGGCAGGACUUCCCCGGCGGGGAAGCCACCGGGAGGUUCUCCAACGGGAAGGUUCCGGGAGACAUGCUAGCAUCUAGGUUGGGUAUUAAGGAAUUAUUGCCACCCUACCUCGGAAAUGAUCUUCCACUGAGUGAGCUACUCACUGGUGUCGUCUUUGCUUCUGGUGGUAGUGGAUACGAUCCUUUAACUUCGAUACCUGCGACUGCUACGUCGAGUACUGGGCAACUUGAAUUAUUCCUUGAAUAUAAGGAUAGACUAAGAGCUUUAGUCGGAGAAGAGGAGAUGACACGUGUAAUCUCCGAAGGCAUAUACUUCACGGUCAUGGGGGCAAAUGAUCUUGCAAAUAAUUAUUUUGCAAUUCCUUUGAGACGGCAUCAAUAUGACCUUCCUUCGUACGUGAAAUUUCUUGUCUCUUCCGCUGUCAACUUUACUACGAAAUUAAAUGAGAUGGGUGCAAGGAGGAUUGCAUUCCUUGGCAUUCCACCAAUUGGAUGUUGUCCCUCGCAAAGAGAACUUGGAUCAAGAGAAUGUGAGCCCAUGAGGAAUCAAGCAGCAAAUCUAUUUAAUUCUGAAAUAGAAAAGGAAAUACGCCGACUAGAUGCAGAACAACAUGUUCAAGGCUCGAAGUUUAUUUAUCUUGAUAUAUACUACAAUCUGUUGGAUCUCAUUCAGCGACCUAGUUCUUAUGGUUUCAAGGAGGUAGCCGAGGGAUGUUGUGGAAGCACAGUGCUAAAUGCAGCAAUAUUCAUCAAAAAUCACCCUGCAUGCCCUAAUGCCUACGAUUACAUUUUCUGGGAUAGCUUUCAUCCUACCGAAAAGGCCUACAACAUUGUGGUUGAUAAACUGUUUCUGCAAAAUAUGCAGUACCUGAUGUGAAAAAACUCACUCUCAAUGAAGGCAUGAACAAAUAUUAUUAUAAAUUGCAAUUAAUUUGUUAGCAAGUACUCACUGGCACUAUUAGGAUUGCUUGGCCAUUCAUGCAAACUUGUAUCUUGAGUGAAAGAUUGCUCCUUCAAAAUGGGUAAAGUCUAGAGGUUUGUGAAGUACAUAAGAAAAUUGUUCUGGUA